AUGGCUUCUCAAAAGUUCGCGUCCGCGCUAGCGGACAUCGAAGCAUCCAGCAGCCAGCAGGCAAAACCGCAGCUCUACAGCGAGCUGCUCGCCAAAAUCGUCACAAGCUCCUCCGGGCAUGAACUAUCGCAAGACUUGAUUUACUAUCUCGACUCGAUCCUCAGCGAAAACGUCAGCAUCGUCGCCGCCCGCCCUCUUCUUGAUUCUUUCAUCAACGUGCUCCGUGACCUUCCGUCGGACAUCAAAGUCAAAGUCGGCCAGCAUGCCGUGACCCUCCUACAAUCUCGGUCCGCGUCGGUAGAGGAACAAGAUUCGAGCAUACGGGAGAUACUUGCGGAUGCCUACGAGGCAGAGGAAGAAUAUAUCGCGGCAGCACGGGUGCUGCAAGGGAUCCAGCUUGACAGCUCGCAGCGGCUCAUCACUGAUGCCGCAAAGACGCGCAUGUGGAUUCGUAUUCUCCGGCUGUACCUGGAGGAAGAUGAUACGACCAGUGCUGAAGCAUUUUUGAAUCGAAUCAAGAACCUGCCUAGCAAGAUCGAAGACCCGGAGUUGAAAUUACACUUUCAACUUUCACAAGCCCGUAUCCUUGAUGCGCGUCGGCGCUUCCUGGAUGCGAGCCAGGAGUAUUUUAACGUCAGCUUGGCGGUUGGGGUUGACGAAAGUGACCGACUGCAGGCUCUGGCAGCGGCAAUUAUCUGUGCAGUGCUUGCCCCCGCUGGGCCCCAGCGUUCACGGACUUUGACACGGCUAUACAAAGACGAUCGUGCAACAUCUGUGGAGGUUUUUGCUAUUCUGGAGAAAAUGCAUCUCGACCGGCUACUGACGCCGGACGAAGUUGCGGCUUUCUCUCAAAAAUUACAACCCCAUCAGCUUGCAAAGACGGCUGAUGGAUCGACUGUGCUGGACAAGGCUGUGAUUGAGCACAAUCUUGUGGCUGCCAGCAAGCUCUACGAAAACAUCAGGACAGAUGCCCUGGGAGUUAUUCUGGGACUACAAGACUCUGGAGAUACGACGGCGGGUGAGAAAGCAGAGGCAUAUGCUGCUCGCAUGGUGGAACAGGGGCGCCUCAAAGGCAGCAUUGAUCAGAUCGAGGGAGUGAUCUACUUUGAUCUAGGUGUUUCGGGAGUUGGAAACGCAGGCACGAUGGGCAGGACUCUACGAUUAUGGGAUACCGGGGUGGAGGCGGUGGCAGAGGACGUUGAACGAGUUGCUUCUAGCGUUUCGGCCGCUUUUCCUGAAAUAGCUGCAUCGCAAAUGGUGCAUUGA